AUGGAGUCCCACAGCAACAGCUACGAAUCAUGGGCUGCCACAAAUGCUGCUGAAAGCCAAGCCAGUGUUGUAUCCUGGGAAGGUGGCGGCUCCAAUGCUUUGAUGUGCAGCGAUUGUGGCUUCACAGGCCAUGAUAAAGCGGUGCUUGCAGAGCACCGGCGAGUGGUCCAUCAGUUUGGUACCAGUGAUCCGUGGCCAGAAUACCAGUGUCAGUUCUGCCCGUCCAAAUUUUCGCACCAUGACCGCCUGCUGUGCCACCUUCAGAGGCACACGAACACGGGAUCCUUUGACUGCUUCCUGUGUGAAAAGAAAUUCUCGAGAGAGCAGGUCCUUCCACAAGCCACUGCUCCCACCACAAGCCAGGCCAUCGACGGGGUUGCGGACGAAGUCGGCGUGGAGAACGGCGCUGAGGCCUUCAGGUGCGACAUCUGCCUCUUCACAUGCCCCUGUGGUUCUGAGCUUGCGGAGCACAAGAGAGCAUUACACGCUGACCCUGCUAACCGAAACUGGUUCAAGUGCCACUAUUGCCGAGUCUCAUUUCCGCAUCGUGACCGCUUGAUGGUGCAUCUACAAAAGCACACCGGCACCGGCUUCUUUGACUGCUUCCUCUGCGUCAGAAAGUUUGCGAGCGAGCAGAACCUCUUGCGCCACGUCCGGACCGUGCACGGUGCCUCGGAGAACUUCCCUUGCCACCUCUGCCCGAGGACGUUCACCCGCAAGGACAACUUGUUGGCGCACAUCCGAAAGCACCGCAAUGGCCGGUGCUGA